AUGAGGAAGAUCCUUAAAAGGGACAUUCAGAAAAGUCUCAUGAUCCUCCUGGGCUUUCUUCAUUUAAUGUUGCAUUUCCAGGCCCUGGACAAGAAGAUCAGGAGGUUAAUGUUGCAUUUCCAGGCCCUGGACAAGAAGAUCAGGAGGUUAAUGUUGCAUUUCCAGGCCCUGGACAAGAAGAUCAGGAGGUUACUGUUGCGUUUCCAGGCCCUGAACAAGAAGAUCAGGAGGGUACUGCUGAGCGUGGCGGAGAGAUCAUCGUCGCAGGCAGAGGUGGCAUCACUGGACCACACUCCGGAUAUGGCAGGGAACGGAUCGUCCGGGGAGAGGGGCGGGCCGCCUUCCUACCUGGGGGACUUCGUGGGCUCGGAGAGUCUGUGGCCGCCGGCCCCGGCCCCCGCGGCGGUCUCCUGCCUGCUGCUGCUCGUCUGCCUGGCGGGGCUCCUGGGGAACGUACUGGCCCUCUACCUGCUCGGCUUCCGCGUCCCGAGGAACCCGUUCACCGUGUACGUCCUCCACCUGGCCGCCGCCGACCUGGCCGUGGUCCUGUCCCUGGCCUCCCGCGCGGCGGUGGGCGGGCUGGGCUCCCCGGGGGGCCCCUUGGCCACCUACCUCCGCUCCCUGGCCACCGCCGCGGGGCUCUGGGCCUUCGUGGCCGGGGUGAGCCUGCUGGCGGCCCUGAGCGCGGAGAGAUGCGCGGCGGUGCUCUGCCCGCGCUGGCACCGGGGGAGACGCCCCCCGCACCUGGCGGCUACCACGUGCGCCCUGCUCUGGGCGCUGUCCCUGGUGCUGACGGCGGCCCACACUUACCUGUGCGCCGUGGUGGCCCCGCGGGGCCCGUGCGGGCGGCUGAAGGUGGCCCUGGGCGGGCUCACCUUCCUCGGCUUCACCCCCAUCAUGGUCCUGUCCAGCCUGGCCCUGCUGGUGCGGGCCGAGUGCGGGGCCCCGAGGGCGAGGGGCCGGCGGCUCAGCCGCGUGGUCCUGCUGGCCGUCUCCGCCUUCCUCUUCUGCUCCCUCUUCAUGAGCGUCAACUGGUUCCUGGCCUGGGCCUUCGCCCUCCCGGCCCCCUACCCGGGCUCCGUGGUGGAGCUGUUCGCCUGCGGCCACUGCGGGGCCAAGCCGGUGGUCUACUUUCUGGCCGGCAGGGCCCGGCCCGGGGGGUUUGGGGAGCCCCUCGCCCUGGUCCUGCGGAGGGCCCUGGACGACGACGCCGAGCCCGGGCCGGGGGACGGCUUCGCCCCCAACACGGUUUCCUUGGAGAUGCAGUCGGAGACGCAGCUGGGUAAGGGCGGGGACCCCGCCUGA